AUGCGAGCCAUUGUUCUUGUCUGCCUUGCCGUCGUUCUUUUCGCUGCCUAUGCUGAAGCGAGACCAAGUGAAGAGAGCCGACAAAAGUUGCGUGAAAGUGGUGCAAAGAUGGUGAAAGCCCUGAGAGAAGCUAUGAUGAAAGUGUACGAGAAAGCGCGUGACCGAGUAGUAGCCUACUUUGCCAAGGACGACCUCGGAGAGAAAAUCACUGAUGUGGUCGUUAUUUUCUUGAACCGGAUCACUGCUCGUCUUGAAAAGUACACAGACCAGUAA